ACUUCCCGUCCUUCAGCCAGCCCUUCCACCACAGGCCCCUGCUCACUGUCGGCUGUAAUCUGAACAGAGCGGUAGGAUCCUUUGCUGUGAAACCAGAAAGAUCCUCAUAAAGUAUGGCCUUCCAAUUUUUAUCUGCACGGCUGCUGAUAGGAAUAUGACCACUGAAUAUGAAGCCAAAGGGGUUCUUCUGCAGCAUCUCGAAUGGAAACUGCCCAGAUGCUCCUGCCCGACUGAGGCAAAGGAGGCAUUUCACUCAGUGUCCCGAGGAGUACCAGCACUACUGUGUGAAGGGGCGAUGUCGUUACGUUGCAGCCCGAGAAACACCUGCGUGCAUCUGUGAGAGAGGUUUCACUGGUGCAAGAUGUGAGAGGUUGGAUCUGUUCUAUCUGAGGGGCGACCAAGGCCAAAUUGUGGUUGCUGCUUUGAUAGCGGUGUUGGUGGUGCUCAUCAUCCUGGUGGCGGGCCUGUGCGCUUGUGCUCAUUACUGUCGAAAGAGGCGUCGGCAAGAGGAAGAGGAGGAGGAGGACGAAAUGGGAGUGUUUGUUAAGGGACUACCUAUUAAGACAGUGGAUGUUCUGGAGACGGACGUUUCAUAAAGAAUGUCUUCUUCUUCUUUUUUUGCUAUCUAGCUGACUGAAGUUGAAAGAGAAGUGGCCAUCGCAAGCACACCGGUUUUGUGAAUGGACUCCUCGGACUCCGUGCCCUGGAGGCAGUUUCCCCCCCACCUUUUCUCCAGCGUCUGUUUCUCCACUUUGCACCAGUAAAAGAUGCUACAAGACUGUUCUCAGAUUGACUGAUUGGUUUUUACAACAUCUAUAUCCUGCCUUUCUGCCCUCAUAAGGGGUCCCAAAGUGGCUAACAAAUCAAAAUGUACAGAAUAAACUCACAUUGUAAAAUUAAUAAAACCAACACACUAUUAAAACAAUUAC